AUGUCGGUUAACUACGGAAGCUACCAGAAUACGGUCUUUGCCAAGGGGACCCUCAUGGGUAUCAAGCCUACCGUCACGACCGAUCCUCGAACGCUAGAACAGCAAGCAAAGAGCGUUCUCAGCGAAGAGGCAUAUAACUUUGUAUCUGGUGGGGCUGGUGAGAAAGCUACUAUGGACAGUAACCGAUUGGCUUUUCGGCAGUGGAAGAUGAUCCCGCGAAUGAUGCCUGAUGUCAAGGACCAGGACGUUUCAGUGGAACUAUUUGGUCAGAAAUACGAUACUCCUCUGAUCGUCGCACCACUCGGAGUUCAGAAAAUUUUCCAUGAAGAUAAAGAUACUGGACUAGCCAAGGUUUGCGCAGAAGAGGGAAUUCCUUUCACCAUGAGCACAGCUGGUACUAGCUCCAUUGAAGAGCUCGCCGAAGCCAGCGGCGAAGGUAAACGCUGGUACCAACUCUACUGGCCAAAGGAUAACGAAGUUACCGCAUCACUCUUGAAGCGGGCAAAGGCUAGCGGAUUCUCUGUUUUGGUUAUCACUCUAGAUUGUUGGACCCAGGGCUGGCGACCGGCUGACCUUGACAACGGAUACAUUCCGUUUCUCAAGGGUACUGGGUGCCAAGUCGGAUUCAGCGAUCCAGUUUUCCGAGCCAAGUUUGAGAAGAAAUCAGGUCGUCCGGUAGAGGAGGAUAUUGUGGGCGCGGCAGUUGCAUGGUUGGCCGAUGUGCAUAUGGGUCAACCUCAUACUUGGGAAGACAUUGCUUUUCUCAAGGAACACUGGGAUGGUCCGAUUGUCUUGAAGGGUAUUCAGCAUGUCGAGGAUGCGAAGCUGGCGCUUCAAUAUGGGUGCGAAGGAAUCGUAGUCUCAAAUCACGGUGGUCGUCAGGUUGAUGGUGCGAUUGGAUCACUGGAUGUUCUCCCCGAAAUCGUUGAAGCUGUCGGUGAUCAAAUGACGGUGCUAUUCGACUCCGGUAUCCGGACAGGUAUGGAUGUUGUCAAGGCAUUGUGUCUGGGUGCUAAAGCCGUGAUGGUGGGGCGACCCAUUGUUUAUGGACUCAGCAUUGAUGGAAAAGAAGGGGCUCGGCAAGUGAUUAAGAACAUGCUAGGCGAUGUGUGGCAGAACAUGACGCUGUCAGGAAUCCGAACGACAAAAGAUUGCAGUCCCAAACAACUUCGCCGAGUCAGCUAUGGAGGAGAUGCGAAGGCGAUGAUGUAG